CAGAGCUCUCCCCUGACAGGAGGGGACUCUGGCUGCUGGGGCUUUAUUCCUGCCGUUCAGGGCCGGGGAAGGGUCACGCAGGGAGAGGAGGAAUAAAGGGAGGCUGAACGCUGCCCAGGGCAGUGGGCAAUAAAAGCCCAGCUAGCAGAGGAUGGUUUCGAUCCAUCGACCUCUGGGUUAUGGGCCCAGCACGCUUCCGCUGCGCCACUCUGCUGCCCCCGGGAGCUCCCCACAGCCGGGCAGGGGAGAGCUGUGGCCAGGGGAUUUAGGCGCUUUCCAGGAAGGGGCUUGUACACGGUGCCCAGGCUCCAAAGCCGAACUCAGAGGAGAUCUCUGCAUAUCCCCAGCUGGGAAAACCAGCCCCCUUCCCCUUGCUUUUCUCCUGAGACGAUCCAGCCGGUCUCCUGCCCCCCCAGGCUGUGUGUGUUUGGGGGGGGGUUCCCCGAUCCCCGAGUGUCCCAAACGCCCUGCGAGGGGCCCGCUGGGGCAGGGCCAGGCCCGGGGAGGAGCCGCCCCUUCCUGCCCCCCCAGCCCGGGGAGCCUUUGUGUGUUUGCAGCGGGGCCAUGGCCGGGGCCGGGAGCGCAGCGCGGAGGCUGCUCCAGGCCGGCGGCCCGCGGGGCAGCGCGGAGCCCCCCCGAGAGCGUCGGGCCCCUCCGGGCAAAGAGAGAGAAGCCGCCGAAGCCGAGGAGCCGCGGCAAAGCCAGGAGCUGCUGAGCCGGAUGGCAGCCGAGAGGCAGAAGAUGGUCUGGGAGUGGCAGGAGCUGCGAGGGUUUCUGGCGGAGCAGGAGCAGCGGCUGCUGUCCCGGUUGGAAGAGCUAGAGAGAGCCAUUGUCCAGAGAAGGGAUGCGGGUGUCUGCCCCCUGUCCCAGGAGAUUUCCCUGCUCGGGGAGCAGGGAGGAGAGAAGGAGCAGCUGCCAUUGAGCCCACCCCUGCAGGGUGCUGGGAGCACUGGGGGCAGCAGGGAGGACGGGGUGUUUCGGAAGCCGGAGCCGGGGUUUGCGGAGCUGGAGAGGAGACUCAGCGAUUUCUCUCUGACAAGUGCCGUCCUGCAGCAGGUCCUGCGGGGAUUCAAAGAGAUGCUGCGACUGGAGCUGGGGAGCAACACAGGUACGUGCCUGUCUCUGACAGGUCACGGGCAGAUUUCAGACCAAUAA